AUGUCGCUAACCUUGAUCUCUUCUCUCGAUCAGUCCGUCCUCCGCAACAUCAAGAACCUCGCUCCCCUCCUGGACCGUGUCCUCGUCCAGCGCAUCAAGCCCGAGGCCAAGACUGCCUCCGGUAUCUUCCUCCCCGAGAGCAGCGUCAAGGAGCAGAACGAGGCCAAGGUCCUUGCCGUCGGUCCCGGCGCCGUUGACCGCAACGGCCAGAGAAUCCCCAUGAGCGUUUCCGCUGGUGACAAGGUUCUCAUCCCUCAGUUCGGUGGUAACCCCAUCAAGCUCGGCGAAGAGGAGUACACCCUCUUCCGGGAUUCUGAGAUCCUCGCCAAGAUCAACGAAUAA